CGAUAGGAUUUAUUGUUAGCAUUACUUUAAAACCAAUCGAUCGGGUUACGGUUUACAUUGUCUUUUUUAGAAGUAGUCAAAACAUGUUCUAACACUGAGAACGUCUAAUCACAACCACUAAUCACCAAUCGACAACUAAGUUCGUAUACUAGUAUAUGGCUGUGUUUUAGCUUCCGAAAUUUAAACGCUUGACCGUGUAUUUGUAUGGGAAUUCUCUUACACUGAGUCUACCCCAAUAAACAGAAGUGUGGGUUUGUGAUAAGGUGAAUAAAUAAAACUGUUCAGUGGAAAUCUACAUGACCUGCGUUUGUAAAAUUCAUAUUCAGUGAAAUUGGGAUAUAAUAAACUGAUACUUUUUUCCUGAUCGACCGUAUUAACAUGACAACGUGACGGCGUAACCAUGGGAACCGGUGCAUCCACGCAGGUGCAGCAGCCAACACGUCCGGUGACCGCUCCGUAUGCAAAGCCAGCGGUGAACGGAAACGCGGCGCCAUCUUCGAGCGCUAAGAAUCCGGCUCCACCGAAGUCAGCGGGCUUAGAUCUACGUCGAGCACACACCUCCGUGCAAAACAAUGGACACACAUCCAGUGACGAAAGUACAUCAUCGUCACCGGGGGCGCGCAGCGGUCAGCAGCAAGACCCGCCCAACUACCAUAGGUCUCAGAUCCCCCCUCCCCGACCCCCCAGGACGCUCAAGUCGGACAUCUUCUCACUAGAACGCUACAAGGAGGUCGACGACUAUGUGCUCAAUGCGCCCCCGAAGCUACUAGUGGGAAACUUCAACGAACUGAUCAAGUACCUGACACGCAACAAUGAACGCUGGGACGACCUGUGUAAGAUACGAGCCAUCUUCCUCUGGGUCACAUCCAUAGACGUGUACAACCUCAAGGUGGACGGUGUACCCCCGACACACUCGCCUCUCGAGUACUUUACGAAGAUCCAGUGUAACAUGGGCAACCACGCCCACCUCAUAUCUGGACUCUGUCAAAUGGCGGGAAUCCCGUGCGUCAUCAUCAGCGGCAUGAACAAGAGCGCCGCCUAUGACAUCGGAGGCCGCGUUGAUCGGAAGAGCAUGGGUGCGCAGUGGAAUGCCGUUUACGUGAACGACGACUGGCGCUUCCUGGACGCUUUCUGGGCCUCCGCGUGUGUGGUCGGCCGUAAGACGGGCGAGUGGACGCUCGUAGACUCGGACGGCAACGUGACACAGGAGGACGAGGAGUCAGCGGAGGGCACGACGCAGCACCGCAUUAACGAGUUCUACUUCUUCCCCGACCCCGACAAGCUCGUCUGGACGCACUACCCGGACGAGGUGCAGUGGCAGCUGCUUGAUCGGCCCGUCAGCCAGAAAGAGUUCGAGGAACACGUGUACCUCCGGGAGCGCUUCCACUAUCUCGGUAUGAAGCUCAUGCCCAAUAGCCACGACAGGUGCGUUCUGUCGUCCAAAGACGGCGAAAUCGAAAUCGUGUUCUCGCUUCCGCCUAAGAGCAGUGAGAAUUCCCGGUUCAAGUACAUGUUAUACCAAGGGCAGAAGUCGCGGAACAAGGAAGAAGAGGACAUAUUGCUAGACCGGUUCGUGAUGUUCGAGCACACGGCGCAUCUUCUGCGGUUCACUAUUCGGUUCCCGAUAUCAGGGCGGUUCAAAAUGGACGUGUUUGGUCUGGACGUGACGGAGUCAGACAUAUUUGAUCUGGCAUGUACGUACAUUAUUCAGUGCAAUGAGGCGAAGAAGAAUUGCUUGCCGCUACCGGACGUGCCUCCGAUCGGAUGGGGACCUGGAGCGAACGCCAAAGAAGCUGGUCUGAAACCUAUUACGCAUGACGGUGCCAUAAUUGUCACCAAGGACGGGAACGUGGAGAUUCGUCUAGCCGCCGAAAAGAACAUACAACUGCAUCAGAUGUUGAAACACGCCCUCAUUGACGAGGCGACGCUUAGUAACUACGCGGUCACCAGACUGGAAAAUGGCGAAGCCGUCGUAAACAUCCGACUGCCACAGGGCGGUGAAUACGCGCUGAAGCUGUACGCAGACGACGCGGGCAAGGAAGGCGUGGCACCAAACGUUUUGAACUACCUGAUCAAGAGCGAAGGAAAGAACGUCAGCAAUCCGCCCUUCCCGAACAUCAGCGACGGGUCGCUGGGAGCGAAACCGCUUUCUGAGAAUCUCGGUGUCAAGGCCAUAACGCCCAAGGGUGGAAACAUUCAGGCCAAGAACGGUCGCACGCGCGUGGAGUUCCAAGCUCGAAGCGGCGUACAGCUUAUGGUAGAACUGCACAGCAGCGACGAGCUAGCUUGCAAGCGCAUGAUGGUGACCCCGAAAGAGGAGAAUGGCAAGUGGAUAUUCGACCUUGAUAUGCCGGAAGAAGGUGAAUAUUCUCUGAACGUGUUUGGCUGUUCAAAGAACUCGGUAGACAGAAUCUACAAUGUGCACUCGUACCUGGUGAAAUCCGACGGCCGGAAGUUGGACGGGGCUGAGAUCGAUAUGCGCGCGCAGAACAAACACGUUCAGACGCACGUUCCCAUAGAAACAGUACAGACAUCCGACAACGAAGUUCUCAUACCUAUUCCACCCGGUUUCGAAGACGUCUGCGCGUCUCUUCACAGACGGAACGCGAACGAUCCCCCGAACGCUCACCAGGUGGAUAUCAUAGAACAGGACGGUAUUCAGCUGAUACGGGCGCGACUUCCGGAGUUUGGCGAGUAUCAGCUGAACCUGUACGACCGAGACAGAAAGGCCGUGCUUCGAAACAUCGCCAAGUACCAAAUAAACCGGCGACCUCCAGGCGAGCUAUACGAGGACAAUACGAAGAUGCUGAUGCACAACCUCGGCGCCACACAGCCGAUCGUGGAGGAGGACGAGGAGGAGUAUGCAGCACCCAGCAGGAUCGACAAGAACGAGUCGGACGAGGACAAGAACAAGCGCAUGGAGGCCCAGUUAGAGAUAGACCAAGAGGAACAGCGGCGCGCGACUCGGCGGCAAAUUCAGAAGGCGAUAGACAUGAAGGAUCCGGAAAUGCUGGAGCGUUACAUCCAGGCGUACGAGAAGCUUAACCCAGCCUACGACGACGAGAUGCUGGUCAAGGCGCGCAGGGUGCUCGCAGCGCUGGACGCCAAGGAAGAGCUGACACAAGCUUGCCAACGCCGCGACCUGGACUCGCUGAAGAAGGCGAUCGCGCGCGCCAAGGACGUCAACUACGACCACCAGCUGGACCUCCAGCUGGCGUUGGCAAACCGCCUCCGCGACCAGCUGGAGCGGAUAGAGAAGCUGCGGCACUCCGUGCUCAAUCUGGACAGCAAGACAAUCGCGGAGAUCAAGACGUACUCAAAUCCGCCUGACGGCGUCCACCAGUCAAUGAUGGCAACGUUCAUAUUGUUGGGCAACACGCCUAAGGAAGUCAGGAACUGGCGAACGUGUCAGGCGUUGGUCGGCAAGACCGGAAAAGAGUCGCUGAUGCGCCGGAUAUCCGGUUUUGACCCCAAGGACUGUAGCCUCGCCGUGGCUCAGUUGGCGAAGCACAUGAUUGAGAACUACUCAAUGUCGCAGAUCCGUGACGUCAGUGCAGGCGCCGCGACGUUCUUUGGAUGGUCGCUGGGUAUGAUAGAGGAGAUCGAGUCCACGGGCGGCUCAGGCAUGGGCAUCAUCAGCAAACCUCCCCAAAAACAGGAGAGACCCAAGACCAAGAAUAGCAGCCGCAACGGGAAGAGAUAGAUAUAAGCGUCGCAGUGGGAAAACGUGGUUUAUUGCAUGUGCGUAAAGCAUCAACCCAGAUUAGCCUGUGAAGUCUGCACAGGCUAAUCUGGGACGACACUUCACGCACGUACAUUUAGCCCCGUUUUGCCAGAGAUAGAUAUGUUUAAAUUAGUCUCCCUUAGCUCACUGUACCAAUAUAUAUUAAGGUUUGUUACUUAGGUUUAAUGGUCAAUGAUAGUGCUGAAUUUGUCGUUUUCGUUUGGUUGGCGAAACUUCUUCGUGUUGAUAACCCAAUAUGUCAGUGAAGUGAACACUAAUAUUCGUUUGUGGAAGAAUAUGAUUUUCUGCUGCUUUGAAUUAAAAUUGUCAUUAACGCUGAUAUCGCAUGUUUCUUACUAUGGCAUUGGACUUAGGCUUUACUUUCAAAACAAUAAAUGUGCACUUAUAUGUUCUUGCUAUAGUUUUGUGAUAUAAUUCUGUAACGUGUGCGCCGCUCUGAAUACUUAGAGAAACGCAUUAUGUUUAUAUUAAUAUGUUGUAUAUUAUAUUAUUCAAAUGUAUGUAAGUAUACAACAUACAUGGUUGUAUACUAGUGAAUGACAAGUUACAGGAUUUCGGCUU